AUGAGAGACGAGCGUGGUGAACCAAGAACGAUGCGUGAACCUGCUACGAAUGAGCCUAUUUUAACGGAUUCACUAGGAUACAGAAUUCCAGACGAAUCAGUUUUAAGCAAUGUUACUCGUAUUUGGAAGUCUGCUAAAACAACAGUUUAUCGACAUUUGACUGCGAUUAAAACACCAAUGAUGCUGAAAAUGGCGAAAGAAUACUUCAACUGUCACGAACUUGACGGUGUUGAACUUGAUAACAACGAUCAAGUGUAUGCUAGAGGUCAUCUUGAAAAAAGGCUAAUUGAUAAUGAAUUAAUGACUCCUCUCCUUUCAUCACGUUCAUAUAUAUCGAAAAUCACACUUGGAUUUUUCGAAGACACUGGAUGGUACCGUGUGGAUUAUUCAAAAGCUAAUCCAAUGGGAUAUGGUAAACAUCUUGGUUGUAAUUUCGUUAUGAAAAGUUGUUAUGAGUAUAUGCAAAUUCAACGAGAAAGAAGACAAAGUUUUUACCCAUACUGUGAUCAAAUAAGCUUCAGUAACACUCUCUGUCUAAAGCAUGAAAAUGCAUAUGGUUUCUGCGAUCUGAAGCAAUAUUAUUCGCCUCUGCCACUUGAAUUUCAGUACUUUGAUAAUCCAAGACUUGGUGCAGCUGACCGUUACCGAGAUUAUUGUCCAGCCUAUGUGCCAUUUACUGGGACGAGAAAUAUUUAUUCAUACUGCAAUACUCCCGAAAAACAGUCUGAAGUUCACGAAAACAAAAACUACAUGCUUCAUUACUUUGGUAAAUCUUCUGUGUGCAUAAACCAUGACAGUACCAGACACUGGCAAGUGUCUAAACAACAUGAAAUUUUCGAGGAAACUUCACCCAAAUCUUCAUGCAUGAGUCAUAUAUGUUCUGAGAUUGAAGGAUUGAUUUUGAUUCUUGAAAAUAAAGAACUCGUUUGUCCUAUUAAAGGUAAAUACAUUGAUUUCAGUCUAAGAGGAAAGUACUUCGAUAUUAACGGUUCAAUCAUUUGUCCACCAUGUAGAGAUAUUUGCAAAAAAUGUCCAAGUGGCUGAUGUUGAACGGACCAUUCAGUGGAUAAUAAUUGUGAUGAAAUAUUUCACAGUUUAUAUCAUAAAGUAUAUCGUAAAUAAAAGUGAAUUAUUUAUGGGUAAAUUCUUGACAAUUAAAGAUAAUUAUUGGUAGAAAUCAAAUAAAUUUAUUGAUUCAAUCAUAAAUGAACGUGUCAAACAAAUAAAAAACACUAACACUUCGGUGUGCC